AUGGUCAAAACCAAUAGCAGGGCGGUACUCGAAUAUGUGGCUAUCGCCCAUCCAGUACGUAAUAUGUGGUUGAGUAGUAUCGGUCGUGCCAAGAAGGUGAUCGCGAUAAUAUGGCUGAUGUCCGCAGUGUUCGCCAUACCGACAGCGAUCAGAAUCGAUUACAAUUUCAACGAUUCGUUGCUUGGCGAUAGGGUUUAUUGGUGUGCGAGGGAAUUUCCGGAAUUUUUCGGUUCCUCACGACGUUUGCUCAACAAAAUGUAUGCUGUUUAUCAGAUGACCUUACUGAUCGUGUUUCCCGUCGUCACAAUGACGAUUUGCUAUGCUCGAGUUUCGAUAAUUGUUUAUUCGUCAUCGAGAGAUCGAGGACUAGCGUCUGUAAUGUGA